AAUACAGGCCUACAUAGAUAAAAACACUGUUAUGAUCUUCAGUAACACAGCGUGCAGUCUCUCUGCUAAGGUGAAGGAGCUGUUCAAAUCCAUGAGCGUUCCCUACUGUUCACUUGAACUAGACCAGACAGAGGAUGGGCAGAAGCUGCAAGACGUACUGUAUGAACUAACCAUGGAAACUUCAGUACCAAUUGUAUUUGUGCAACGGAAGCAAAUAGGAGAUUAUGACAAAACUUUAAAGGCACAUAAGGAAGGAAAGAUUCAAAAACUACUUGAAACAAAAGGACAUGAUCAUGUACAGGAUUCCUAUGACUAUGAUCUCAUUGUCAUUGGAGGGGGUUCUGGAGGUCUGGCUGCUUCCAAGGAGGCUGCCAAGUAUGGCAAGAAAGUGCUGGUGCUGGACUACGUUACUCCUACUCCUCAGGGAACUAGAUGGGGUCUUGGAGGGACAUGUGUAAAUGUGGGUUGUAUACCUAAAAAACUGAUGCACCAGGCAGCUUUGCUAGGACAAGCCUUACAAGAUUCACGCAAGUUUGGAUGGCAGUUUGAGGAGAAAGCAGUCAAACACAGCUGGGAGACGAUGACAGAAGCUGUUCAGAAUUACAUUGGCUCUCUCAACUGGGGCUACAGGGUGUCUUUGAGAGAGAAGAAGGUCACAUACGAGAAUGCUUUCGGAGAAUUUGUUGGCCCGCACACAAUUAAGGCAACAAAUAACAAAGGAAAAGAGAAAUUUUACACAGCGGAGAAAUUUCUGAUUGCCACUGGUGAAAGGCCGCGCUACCUGGGUGUCCCUGGAGACAAGGAAUACUGCAUUAGCAGUGAUGAUCUCUUCUCUCUGCCUUACUGUCCAGGGAAGACCCUGGUGGUUGGAGCUUCCUACGUUGCCCUUGAAUGUGCUGGAUUUCUUGCAGGUCUUGGUUUGGAUGUAACUGUAAUGGUACGAUCCAUCCUUUUAAGAGGAUUUGAUCAGGAAAUGGCAAACAAAAUUGGGGAACAUAUGGAAGAACAUGGAGUCAAGUUUAUUAGAGAGUUUGUGCCAACUAAGGUCGAACGGAUUGAGGAAGGAACUCCUGGCAAAUUGAAAGUCAUAGCCCAGUCCACAGACGGCAGGGAAAUAAUUGAAGGGGAAUACAACACUGUGUUGUUAGCAGUAGGAAGGGAUGCAUGCACAAGAACAAUCGGCUUAGACAAAGUCGGAGUGAAGAUCAAUGAAAGAUCAGGAAAAAUUCCUGUCAGUGAUGAGGAACAAACUAAUGUGCCUUAUAUUUAUGCCAUUGGAGAUGUGUUGGAGGGCAAGCUGGAGCUCACACCAGUGGCAAUCCAAGCAGGUAGAUUGUUGGCUCGAAGGCUUUAUGCUGGAGCAACCUUAAAGUGCGACUAUGUGAAUGUUCCAACCACAGUGUUCACACCACUGGAAUACGGAGCCUGUGGAUUCUCAGAAGAGACAGCGUUGGAGAAGUUUGGGGAGGAAAAUAUUGAGGUUUACCAUAGUUAUUUCUGGCCACUGGAGUGGACUGUCCCAUCUAGAGACAACAACAAAUGCUAUGCAAAGAUAAUCUGCAAUAUUCAAGAUAAUGAGCGAGUUAUCGGUUUCCAUGUGCUUGGUCCAAAUGCUGGAGAAGUUACCCAGGGGUUUUCAGCAGCCAUCAAAUGUGGACUGACAAAAGCGCAGUUGGACAACACAAUAGGAAUUCAUCCAGUUUGUGCAGAGAUAUUCACCACGCUGUCAGUGACUAAGCGUUCUGGUGGAAAUAUCCUUCAGUCUGGCUGCUGAGGUUAAUCACCCCCAUUGUUGUUGCGUUUGCCAGAGACUGACUUUCAUCACCACGGCUGACUUGUGCAAGGCAGAAGAAAACAUCUCCAAACAAGCUGUCCUCAUCAUCCUCAGCAGCAGUGGGCACCCCCUUGACCAAAGCAUUCACUUAACUGAAUGGGAAAAGCACAUUGGGAUUUGUUAGUCACUCGUGAUGAUUGGAUGGCAAUCGACAAAACAGUGGGAAUAUUUAACAUCAAGCUGCUGCAUGGCAAGGCAUCUACAGGAUGCUUCCAUGAUGUCGCAGCCUAAACCCAGUAUUUUCUGGUAGGCAGCGAUGGAAGAACUGCUGGCACAGUUUGAGAAUAACCCUUUUCUCCUAAAUGAAGAGCUUCCUAACUUAAAUGUGUAACCACAAGUACUGAUAGUUCUAUGGUAUCUCCAUGUACUGCAUUAUAAAACAGUAUGAUGGUGACUCUUCCUCAGUGAGCCUGCAUAUCAUCAGAUCACAGUAAUGCAGCAGGUAAAGUAUGAGUAUAGAGGGGUGAUCUUAUCUCAUGUUUCAUUCUGUCUUGCAAAAUAGCCUGUCACGUACUUUUAGCCAUAAUUAGCAAUAUCCACAAUAGCAAGUCUCUUUUGGCUUCCAAAAAUCCUAAAACCAAAAUUAAUCCCUCAUAGUUUCUUAUUCUAGAGAUGAAUACUUGUUACCACGGUUGCCCCUUAUACUAGCCUCUGAGAAAGGAAAAUGUUUAUCUUGGAUAGGCCUUGUCUACAUGGGAAAGCUUUUUUUGUGUGUGUGUGGGGGGGUGUAUCUUUAGUUUUUUGGCAUAAACUGCCUUCCAUCCAGACUCAAAUGAUCUUUUGGGGCAUUAUCUUGCAUCUUAUCCCUCUGUAAUUAACCCACUUUGGAAGUGACAUAAUUCUGUUUUGGAAUGUGUUAUACCGCUGUAAGAUUGGUGUGGACAUAUCCCCGUUUUGAAAUAGCUGUAUCGCAUCAGGUAGUCCUCUCACUGCUAUCCCACACUGCAUUACUUAAUAUCUGGAUUGGCUUGUCUGGUUACGUGUGCACUCUCCACUAGAGCUGGGACCAAAACUUUUUUUGUCCAAAAAAUGCAUUUUGCUA